CUCCGGCAUCAUCAACUAACUGUUAGGUAUCAUCUAUGCCCUGUGGUCUAUCUAACAGUCAAUCACUAAUUAUUGCCGAUAAUGCUUCUAAUAAUUAUGAUGCUUACCAGCGCAGAGGAACGCUCCUUUGGUCGCCCCGACCCGAUCAGCCUCAGCUGUGCCCUCCACCGCCCGGCAUCUGUCAUGCAUUCCUCGACGCAAGGAGCAACGAUCGCUUGCCUGCCCCUUUUCUGGUCUCGGCCGUUGCUUCUUCUGAUUUGUUCCUUCUGGUGGUCUGUUCGUGAUUUGGUCCAUCUUGUCCAUCUUGUCCACUUUGUCCACCCUCGCUGGCUCGUCUGGCUCGGCUCCCCUGGACGGCUUAACCCUGGGUGGACGCAGUUCGAUCCGUGUUAGUUUCGGUCGCAAAGAAUUCUCCCGACCAUCCCCAUCCAGCGUCGAUCUGGAGACCCUCUGAUCCCUCCCCGGCGCAGAGGGCUAAGCUUAUUCUGAACUCCACCAAACAGGGAAACAGCGGACAGCAUUCCCUGCUGGGUCGGGGUGGCCGAUCGUCCAGACGGGAGGCGCUCCACAUGCCUAUCUAUACGGACUACCACUAACCGAAGUACUGGUACUGAAUAGUCUGAUCGCGACAUUGUAGGUAUACUGUGUACUGUCAGGAGUAGGGGGUUGUGCGGGCAGAAGUACAUACGUACAAUACAAAGUACACCAUACAGAACCGUGAGAACUGCACAGUAAACGGUGGGCUGGAAGAAC